AUGUCGACGCUAAAGUCGUUUCCGUCUACCGUGCGAGCUUUACUGCAGGUGGAUCCUAAGUCUACAAAUGUUACGCUUGUUGAGCGCCCUUUGCCAAUACCAAACCUCGAAAAGGAUGAGCAUUUGAUCCAUGUCUAUGCCGUGUCUCCUGGCGCAGGAGAACUCACAUGGCCUAGCAUGGUUGACACUCCAGGUAAAGAGAUCAUUACCUGUGAUGAUGUUGCCGGGGUGGUAGUGACCGCCCCAUCGAAUUCUCCAUUCCAGGCUGGAGACGAAGUGUAUGCUCGCACUAGCUACUGGCGGGAAGGAUGCGCCCGCGACUAUGCGAUUGCUACAACCAACGAAUUGGCUCGACGACCGCAGAAUCUAAGCUGGGCAGAGUCCGCAGCUACGGCAAUGUCUGCCGAGACAGCGUGGCAAGCUCUGUUCAAACAAGCUGGCAUAGGUAAAUUUGACAGUCCCAGCUGGAAGGGCAAACGUAUCUUGGUGACUGGCGCUUCAGGAAGUGUCGGUAUGUGGAUCGUUCAGAUUGCAAGCGUCACGGGGGCAGAGGUUGUGGGAACAUCUGGUCCCAACAAUAUUGAAUUGGUCAAGUCAUUGGGUGCUAAAGAGGCGCUCAAUUAUCGAACAUGCAACUUUAAGGAAUGGGCGGAGGAAAAGGCAGAAAACAAAGUCGAUCUAGUCAUUGACUGCGUCGGCGGAAAGUCUUUGGAAGGUGCUUGGUGGUGUGUUCGUGACAAUGGUGUAGUUAUCAGUAUCAAGGAGCCGACGAAACAACCAGAAUCAAAGACCGCAUCCAACGUGAAGGAUCUCUUCUUCAUUAUGAAGCCAUCUGGAGCUGAUCUGGCGGAAGUCACAAAGUUGAUCGAGCAGGGUAAAUGUCGACCCAUCGUGGACAGUGUUUGGCCAUUGGAGAACUUCAAGUAUGGAUAUCAGCGCUUGGAAAGCGGACAAACCAGAGGCAAAGUCAUCUUCGACCUGAUGGUGAACACCCCGAAGGCUUAG